AAGAGAGAGAGGGAGGCUUCUGGAAAUUUAUAGAAAAAGGGGUUAAAUUUGGGCACGGAGGGGUGCCGGAAAUAUUAGGGCACGAUUUGGCCCCCUCUUUUUCUCUCAUCUCAGCCUGUUGGUGAGGCUCUGGGGAGCGGUCCGACAUGGGAUUAAGGGAUAAAGAUGGGACGUCGAUGCUUAGGGUUUUUGAAUAAUUGUUGCCCGUCGGUACUGCUUUCGAGCUUGUUCGAGUGGGUUUCUGCAGUAAAAAUUCAAACUUUCUACUGAUUUAUCUCCUGAUCUCGUCGAUGCUCGCUUAGUAGAUUCUCGGGGUUGUUCCACGGUAGGGUUUGGGUUUUCCCGGUAAUGGUGUUUUGAGCUUCCUCACCGUGGCCAUGGAAGUGCGAUCAGAACCAGGAAUUAUGCCUGCUAGGGAAUCCUUUAGCUCCGGAAUGCAGAAAAGUCCCGCGCAGGCUCCGCCAGCCAUCCAGAGCAUGAGAUUGGCCUUUACACCGGACGGUACAGCGAUCUACAAGCCAAUAACCAGCACCUCUCCUCCUCCUCCUGCUCCUGCCCCUUACCAAGGAGGAGGCGGAGGGGGAGGGACCACUGGCAGUGGCGUCGAAGGUCCCUCUCCAAUGAUGGCUCCACAUGGCCUAAAUAUCACCAUGGGUGAGCCUGUGAAGCGGAAGCGAGGACGGCCGAGAAAGUACGGGCCCGAUGGAACCAUGGCUCUUGCUCUGAUCCCUACAUCGGCUGCUGCUUCAGGCGCACCGGGGGGCGGCGGAUUCUCCCUUUCCCCUACUGGAACAACUAACAGAGCAUCCUCGGCAGAUCCUUCGAAGAAAGCGAGGGGCCGACCUCCUGGUUCUGGCAAGAAGCAGCAGAUGGCUGCUCUAGGAUCAGCAGGGAUUGGAUUUACUCCUCAUGUUAUCACAGUGAAGACUGGAGAGGAUGUAUCUUCAAAAAUUAUGUCAUUUUCUCAGCAUGGUCCACGUGCUGUUUGCAUUCUUUCUGCAAAUGGUGCAAUAUCUAAUGUAACACUUCGUCAAGCAGCAACUUCUGGUGGAACUGUAACUUAUGAGGGACGGUUUGAGAUAUUGUCAUUGUCAGGCUCAUUUCUGCUUUCAGAGAGUGGUGGUCAGCGUAGCCGAACAGGUGGAUUGAGUGUUUCACUUGCUGGUCCCGAUGGGCGUGUGUUGGGCGGGGGAGUGGCAGGACUGUUGACUGCAGCAUCACCUGUCCAGGUGGUUGUGGGGAGCUUCAUUGCCGGUAAAAAAGAACCGAAACAGGUCAAUAAUCCCUUGGAACCGAUGUCGGCCCCUGGAAAGCUUGCACCUGUUCCGGCACCAGUCCCCAGCAGCCCAACCUCACGGGGCACCUUGAGCGAAUCCUCCGGUGGGCCUGGGAGUCCGCUCAACCAGAGUAUGGGAACAUGCAAUAACAACAACCAGCAAGGGUUGUCUAACAUGCCAUGGAAAUAACUUAUGCUAUCAUUACUGUGUGUUUGUAAUUGUAUUUGAAUCUUGUUUAGGGGUAGUUCCUAGCGACUGUGGAAACAAACUGUUGUGUGUUUCUUCUCCCUGCGGUAGGUUAUUUUAGUUGUGCUGUUUAGCUUAGAGACAAGAGUUUAUAUGUUUCAAGGAUUCUUCAGCACCUGUUUGGACCUUCCUGUAAUGCUUGUACCAUUAUUACUGGCGUCCCAAAAUGUUGUAGAUUAUUAUUUUGCUUACGAGCCAAUCUGGUUGCAUA